AUGGUAAUAAUUACGUUACUUUUCAUCACAGUGGCGCCAUCAAUCGUCUUCAGUUUCUUCUUCUUCUUCCUCUGCUUCUUUUUCUCCCUGUGCUGCUGCUGCUGCUGCUCUGGCUACAACCGCUGCUGUUAUUGCUGCUUCUUAGCAUUUUCUUCUUCUCAUCCUCAAGCUUUCGUCGUCUCUUUCAAUUUUCUAUUGAUUUUUCGCCAAUGUUUUUUCUUUCUUCUCUUUUGCAUUUGUUUUAUUUUUCUUAUUAUUCUUUUCUUUGCUGAUUUUUCUUUUCCCAUUUUAUACGAUUCGCUCUCUACACUUUCUAUUUCCUUCUUCCUCUUCUUCCUUUUUUUAAAAAUCUUUUUUCUUCACACUUUCUUCUUUUUUUCCUUCCCUGAUUUUUCAGUUUUUUUCUGUAAUCACAUUUUUCUAUAUUUUUCUUUCUUCUAUCCUUAUAUUCUUCCCCUUUCAACAUUUUCUAUUCCUGUCUUGCGCUCGUUCUUUCUCUUUUUCGCUCUCUCUCUCUCUCUCUCUCUCUCUGUCUAUACGUUUCCCAUUUCUCUCUCUUUCUCUUUCUCUUUCUCUCUCUCGAUCUCAUCUUCUUCUAUCUUCUUAAUAUCCUCUCGUUAUCUAUCCGUUUCUCUUACUCUUACUUCUCCUGUUCUCACUUUCUCCCUAGUUCCAUACUCAUUCAUUGUCUCUUCCUCCACAUAUACUUCCUCCUGUACUUUCUCAUUAUCUCUCUUUCUUUUUCUCUUUCUUUCGUUUCUUUCUUUCUUUAUUUAUUUAUUUUUAAUUUAUCAUUCUUUACCUUCUUUUUCUCACAAAAGGAUCCAACCACAAAAUUUACUUUGUUUCUCCCUUGAUGUCAGAGAAAGCGUAGUUCAAGAAUCGCAUCUAAGGGGAAUAUUUUCUUUUUCUUUAUGCAUUGUUGGCCAAAGUGGUUGUAUGAACCUCCACUCCAGAACUGGUAGUCUCUCUCUCUCUCUCUCUCUCUCUCCCUCCCUCUUUCUUUCUUUCUUUCUUUCUUUCUUUCUCUACCUUUAUUUCUCUCUCUCUCUAUUUCUGUCUCUGUCUGUCUGUCUGUCUCUCUCUCUGUGUGUGUGUGUGUCUCUCUCUCUCAUCCUACGCCUUCUUGACAUCGAUAGACUGCAAAACUAG